AUGGGCGGCGACAGCAAAGAGCCGAAUCUACAAGAGAACCGCCGGGCUGCGGGAGGCGCAUCCAGUGCGAAGACGUCGGCCGCCGGAGCGAACGGACUGAGCAUCGUGUCUCCCCCGGGUUCAAGGACGCCACCCAGCAUGCCUGCGAAAAAGACGCUCUUCUUUCCAGACAAUCUAGGAGGACGACAAAGGAACCAAAAUGGCUCCGAGCCUAUUGAUCCUGACGCCUUGACGAAGGCACUGAAGGAAUAUGAAGACGCCGGUCGCUCUCGCGAGAGAACACCAGGAACCAGUCCGAGUCGAAAAAGACAGCGAGUUUACGGUGAUAGGUUCAUACCAAAUCGAGAGGGACAGGACCUUCAAGCGACGUAUAGCUUACUUCAUGAGGACGGUUGCCCUUCCACACCAUCGAAAUCAAAAAGACGCGCACCCCACUCAGAGCUACACUUCCAAAAGACGGAAGAAGCAAACAGGAUGUAUUCCCGCGUGUUGCGAAGCGAACUUUUCGGAAAUACCGUCCCUCAAGCCGACCUUGAUUCUUUAUCUCCAGACCACCUCCUAGGCAUGAGCAGCGGGAUUAAUGACAAAACCCGCUCUCACACGCCGCCUUCACAUGCUAUCUCGAACCUACCGCCCGCCAGCAUAACACCAUCAACCCCUCAUAAAAACCUAUUCAACUACGCCUCCCCACGCGCUGGAUCAGGACACCCAACCCCUUCAAAGACCCCUCGAAGUCAGCAUGGCCCGAACUUGAACGUGCGAUCCGAGCUUUACAGCCUAUCCCCCAUCCGUUACGACAGCCAACGUAUUCUUGAGACCCCUCGCAAACAGCCACGUUAUGUGAAUAAAGUCCCGUACAAAGUCCUCGAUGCGCCUGACCUACAGGACGACUUCUAUUUGAACCUUGUCGACUGGGGCAGCAGCAAUGUGCUUGGCGUCGGGCUAGGAAAUUCCGUGUAUAUGUGGAACUCACAGACGGGAAGAGUAACAAAGUUAUGUGAGCUCAAGGAUGAUACCGUGACCAGUGUCAGUUGGAUACAGAGGGGUACACAUCUUUCCAUAGGCACUGGGAAGGGUCUGGUUCAGAUUUGGGACGCAGAGCGAUGUCGCCGUCUUCGGACAAUGAUUGGCCAUACCAACCGCGUUGGUGCUUUGGCAUGGAAUGACCAUAUCCUAACAUCGGGAUCGAGGGACCGUCUAAUCUUCCACCGUGAUGUCCGCUCCCCAGAUCAGUACCUCCGUCGACUGUCUGGCCACAAGCAGGAGAUUUGUGGUCUUCGAUGGAACACAGAAGACGGCCAGUUGGCUUCUGGUGGGAAUGACAAUAAGCUCCUCGUUUGGGACAAAUUGAACGAGACGCCACUAUAUCGCUUUUCCGAUCAUACUGCGGCUGUUAAGGCGAUUACAUGGUCUCCUCACCAACAUCAUCUUCUCGCCUCCGGUGGUGGAACAGCCGAUCGAACCAUCAAAUUCUGGAAUACAGCCACCGGGUCCCUCAUCAAAGAAGUAGACACCGGUAGCCAAGUUUGUAACUUGGCGUGGUCCAAGAACUCGGACGAAAUCAUCAGCACACAUGGCUACAGUCAGAACCAGAUCGUGAUCUGGAAAUAUCCUCGCAUGGAGCAGAUUGUCUCCUUGACUGGACAUACCUUCCGUGUUCUCUACCUGGCAAUGAGCCCCGACGGUCAAACCGUCGUCACUGGCGCUGGCGACGAGACCCUGCGUUUCUGGAAGAUAUUCAACAAACGGCCUGGAAGGGAACAUGGGCGUGAAGGAAGCAAGUUGGCAGAAUGGGGUACCAUUCGGUGA